AAAAACAAAUUUGUAUUAUCCAAAAUCAAACCGAACGUGUGUGUGUGCGUGUUGUUUAGAACAUGAAGCAAUAAACAGAAAAUCAAGAGAAGAAGGAAUAACAAUAACAUGGUGACGAUGAGUGUUCAAUUUCAAGUAUCAUCAUCAUCAUCAUCAUCAUGCUUAUGGCUUCCAAACUCUCCAUCUCCACCAAAUUCUCCACUAUUUCUUCCCACUCGUACUACCAGAUUCUCAUCUUCACCUCUCGCUGCCACACCAACCUUCUCUUCUCAAUCUCCCACCAUUCAGAUAAUUGGCAACCAUACAUUUGAUGGUAGUAACCAAGGAGGAACUAAUCUUUGGACUGAUCUUGACACUGAUCUUUAUCACUGGACAAAGGUUUUACGCCCUGUGCAGUGGUUUCCUGGUCAUAUUGCAAAAGCAGAAAAGGAAUUGAAGGAACAGCUUAAGUUGAUGGAUGUUGUUAUAGAGGUGCGAGAUGGGCGAAUUCCAAUGUCUACAAGUCAUCCACAGAUGGAUCUAUGGCUUGGUAAUAGAAAGAGAAUUUUGGUUUUAAAUAGAGAAGACAUGAUAUCAACCGCAGAUCGAAAUGCUUGGGCAGAAUAUUUUACUAGGCGUGGAAUAAAGGUUGUCUUCUCCAAUGGACAACUUGGAAUGGGCGCAAUGAAACUAGGCCGGUUAGCAAAGGAGUUAGCAGCUGAUGUAAAUGUUAAACGGAGAGCCAAAGGACUACUUCCUCGUCCAGUUCGAGCUGGAAUUAUUGGAUACCCUAACGUUGGAAAAUCAUCUUUGAUCAACCGUUUGAUAAAGCGAAGAAUGUGCCCGGCAGCUCCAAGGCCAGGAGUUACAAGAGAUUUGAGGUGGGUUCGAUUUGGGAAAGAUCUUGAAUUGCUGGAUUCUCCUGGGAUACUUCCUAUGCGAAUCAGUGACCAGUCAGCGGCUAUAAAACUUGCAAUAUGUGAUGACAUUGGAGAGAGGUCCUAUGAUGUGGCUGAUGUUGCUGGAAUUCUUGUGCAGAUGCUUACAAAGUUUCCAACAGUAGGUCGAGACAUGCUUUGUAAACGAUACAAGAUUGACGAAGACAGUGAAUGUGGUAAAAUAUUCAUAGAGAAGCUGGCCGUUCACUUGUUCAAUGGAGAUGUUCAUCAAGCAGCAUACCGUGUCCUAUCAGAUUUUAGAAAAGGUAGGUUUGGUUGGACUGCAUUGGAGAGGCCUCCUAGGUGAUUUCAGAUGUUUGCUUUUAGAAGCAAGACUCAGUGAAGGCGAGAACUGAAAAUCAUGCCAGAGAUCUCCAGAAAUAGACCGCAAAACUCAAUCCUGCAUGCUGAUAUACUAUGAUUGUGAAUGGCAUCAUGAAAGGAAACGUCAAGAAUUUUCGAUGAAGAUUGAGACACACUAAACAGAGGGUAUGAAGCAAUAGACGCUUCUUGUUAUUACUAUGUAAUCAUUUUUUGGUCUGAUGUAAUGUAACAUAACACGCCGUGUCUGUAUACCAGUCUUGUAACAUAGGAUUUUGUAUGCAUCAUGUGCACCCUUAAUAGUUAUUAUAGUGUGAUGAUGAAAUAAACUAGCUUGAUGCGUCUCAA